AUGCCGAGGAGCAACCAGUGGCUGCGCAAUGCACAAUCAUCAAAUGACCAUAAUAUUUGGCACACAAAACCGCAGUAUAUAAAUGGACAUGCACCUGCAGACAAUAGUUUCACGUUGACACGAGAAAACGAAAAUGGACGUCUGUCAAAAAGGGGCUUACACUCGGACACAGCAAGUUUAAUAACCAGAAGUUCUUGGACGUCUAGAAGAACAGAAAAGAAGUCGGCUAACAGAUGCUGUUUGAUAUUAAUGUUUAUAAUUGGCGCCAUUAUAAUAGCUGCUGCCAUUGCCUGUUUAGUUUAUUUUCUUCUUGCUUCAAAAUAUAAAAACAACGCUCACUAUGGAAGAAAAGAAGCCGAUGUAUCUGUUCGGUUACUCAAUAAAACUUACACGCCAGACAUGGCUAAUAACAGGUCAGCUGCAUUUAGAAGUGUUGCUGUUCCUUUUUGUGAUGCGAUGGAUGAUUAUUUUCAACGGAACUUUUCGAAGAACUAUAAUGGAUGUAGAGUAGUAGAGCUCAGAGAUAUAGCUGCUCGAGAAGACUGUGCUUGUAUGAUGAAAGGAAAACAUGGUUUAGUAGAAGUAUUCUUUGAAUUAGAUUUUGAUGGUGAUGUUCGGAAUGUGAGUAAGAAGAAGAUAUUAGAUGUGAUAUGGGGUAAUACUAAACGUAUACCUUAUGAGAACGUGGUAUAUCGCCAGAUUGAUGAUUAUCUUAUUGACAUACAUGUGGCUUGGGAAGCAUCUAACAAUGGUAUAACAGCAGAUGUAAUGAUACCAGUAUAUAAUUUAACUUAUACUGAAGAUCUCAAUUAUCCCAAUUCAUCACGCUAUAAAUAUCACGCUGACCUCUUCUGUAAUGAUAUUGACUCGUUCUUCAGAGGCAGUAAAUUUAGGAACCGAUACGUGGGUUGUACAAUAGCUAAAUAUAAUAUGUUUCCUCUUGGUUUGGAUGUUGAACUUCUUUUCCGUGGUAAUGAGACUCACAGUCUACAAACCGACUUGAUCAAGAUAAUCAUGGACUCUGCUAAGAGUAUACCGAUGUCCAAUUUGAAGCUUAAACUGAUUGGCGAUCUUUUAGUGACUCCCUGGGAUAUGGAUUUUGAACUUAAUCCUGGUAGACCACUUACCACAACUCCUUUGCCAACAACCAGAGCCACAACAACACCUACUGUUCCUACUGUACCAGGUAUUGAAGUAGAUAAAGUAUUCAAAUUAUAUAAUUUUACCUACAAUCCUGGUCUCCAGUUUCCUCUGUCGCCACAAUUCAAAGGUAUCUCGAUGCCAUUCUGCAAAGACUUCGAAAGACUACAUCUAUUGGGGAAUCAAGGAGAACAUUACUUCUCGUGUAAGGUUUAUGGAUUUGGAGAGGAUCCGAAUUCGAUCAUUUUCUCCAUUACUUAUAAAGGAAUAAAUCCUGAUAAUCAAACAAUAAUCGAUGUCAUCGAAAAGAGUGCUCCAAGAUUUAUAGAGAAGGGAAAACUUAUAUAUCAAGUUGGAAAUGUGUUUGUUGUCGCAAACGAAACUUACUAUAUCCCUACAACUCCGACAACACCUAAGCCACAAACAACACCAACAACUCCCAGCAGACGCACACCUCCGAUACCAACACCAACGCCUGCUUCGUCUUCGGUGGCAUCACAGGAACUAUCUUCUAAUAUCUACCUGCAAAGUUCUACGAUAUUUAUUUCUGACAAUAGCUCUUGUGGUUUUAGUGGCAUUGCUUGUUCUAUGAUCGUCUCCUCCACACUGCAUCCAGUGCAAACUUUUACUUCUAGUAUUGAAAUACCCACUAACAUAACACCAAGCAUGGAAAUCGGCAUAGCCACACCUGUAGAUUCAGGCAUAAGCAGUAACAUGGAAAACCUGAUUGAUAGUAUUGAAAUUUCCAAUAUUUACUUGACAAGCAUAGAAAUCAGCAGCAUGUUUGACGCUGUUGGAAGUACUUUCUUAUAUAGCAUGGAUAAUGACAUAGAAACGAGUAGUAAUAUGUUAACAAGCAUGGAAUCAGACAAAGAAGCUAGCAGUAGUAUAAAAUUGCCAGACAUGGAAUCGAGCAUAGAAAAUAGUAAUAUAGUGUUAACAAGCAUGGCUUCACGUAUAGAAACGGGUAGUAUGAAGUUAACAAGCAUGGAAUCAAGUAUUGAAAGUAGUAGUGUACGAUCUGAUUAUAUGUAUUCUUCUAUAGAGAUAACAACACCACCAACAACAACACCUAUAACAACACCUAAAUUUACAGGAGUGACAUUGGUUGAGUUAUUCUAUAGAUUGUUUGAUUUCCCAUACCAUCCAGAUUAUAGAAACAGGAAUUCUCUGAGAUUCCAGGUGUUGAAAGAUGAAACAUGUAGGCAGAUCACCAACUACAUGAAGAUGAACAAAGCUUUGGACUAUAUAUUAGAAAACUGCGAUAUUUGCAUUCAUGAUAAAGAAAAGGUAACCUUCAGAUUGGUAUAUUCAACCACUCGUCCAGAACGGUUAGCAAACGUUUCAAUGACCACUUUAGAGAAAUAUGCACCAAGCGCUGAGGUUUGGCCCUAUAAGCUUAUUCGUGUUGGUUCAUUGUAUCCAAUUGUCGGAUCUGGUUCCAGUAAGGAGGAAGUUGUAACAGUCAUUGGCCCAAUAUGUUCGGAUUUCCCAACACCACCACCAACACCUACCUCCACCCUUCCACCAAAAUAUGAUACAACUGUAGCCAGGGCAGUAUAUCGACUGUAUAACUUUACCUAUAGACCAGAAUUAAACAAUAGAUCUUCUGACUACUUCCGAAUGCUGGAGAAAAACUUUUGUGAUGAUAUUGACCGGUUUUACAAGGCCAGCUAUCUCUUUCUCACUUAUCAACAUUGUCAGAUAAAUAGAUACGGAACUAAUCCAGAAGAUGUUGAGUUUGAUUUGUAUUUCUAUGCUGAGAUAUCAGAUUCACUCAAAAAUGAUAUUGAUUCAGUUCUUAAGACCAACGCUCCUCGAAAGAUCUUUUAUCCUCCUGGUUUCCAACAAGUCGACACUCUGGAUGUUGGGGACUUAUGGCUAGUCUUGAAUAACAGGUCAUUAGAUUUGAUUCCAAGAAACUGGACGAAACCAGAAGAUACAUCAUCAACUACUAUUGCACCAACGACACCCAUAGAUCCACUAGCCACAAUUCCUAUCAUCAAAUUUAUCAGAAAAGCUAAAGUAACAAUGGGAUAUCGUCUUUACCAAUUCCCAUUUAGACAGGAACUAUUGGAUCGUAAUUCUGUACAGUUUAAAUUUUAUAGAGAUGCGUUAUGUCAAGAUUUGGCCAAAUUGUACUCAAAUACACCAACAUUUAAAUUACUGUAUGAAACCUGUGAUUUAGAAGUAUUUUCUACAUCGCCUGAUUCAAUACGUUUCAACCUAGUCUUUAAAACCGAGAACUCUGAACUCUUAGAAGGAACCGUGAAGGACACGCUAGAAAACUCCCGGCCGCAUUUUGACAUGCCUGGUCACAAAGUCAUUUUAGUUGGUGGAAUGUUCUUCAUUCUGAAAGACUCUUACGCCUCCAAGUCUGAGUUUAUUGUACCUUCAACAGUGUAUACUACCGCUGUUCCAGAUAUAACACCCACCCCUCCUGUUGUAGCUACAUCAAGUAUAGAAAUACCCUUGAUAUAUGAUGCUACAAAUGUGUACCUAACUUACGAGGUUUACAAUAUGACAGACUGGUUAGAUCUAUACAACAGAAAUUCGACAUUAUUUAAAAUAUACCGAGAUAGAGCUUGUCAGGAUUUGAAUGAUAUAUUCAGAGAUAAAACUGGUAUCCUGUAUUUGACUUACAAAGAAUGUGAUAUUGCAAGAUUUGAUCCGAAUCCCUUAAAGACCACGUUCAGAUUGACGUUCAGUCAAAUGAUGAGUGAUCAACUGAAAGAUACCACAAGAAGGACGUUUGAAUUCAAGGCACCAAAGAAAACAGAAAAUGGCUACCUGCUUAUUAAAGCUGGUGACAUGUGGUUGAUAUUGAACAGACACGAGAUAAGUCAGUUACCAACGAAUUACACAGCACCACCUACACCAACGUUUAUGCCGACAUCAACACAAGUCGUUACGUCCACGAUCUCGUCAACGUCAUUGACUGAUAGUUUCCCUACCAUUUCUCCAUCUCCUACCUAUACUGAGAUGUCUUCUACACAGACACCAACCCCACCACCUACCACAACUGAACGACCUUUGUUAUAUGAUGCUGUGUUGGCCAAUAUUACCUAUCUACUGUAUAACUUUACACACACUCCACAACAUAAUAACCCGAAUUCUUAUGAAUUUAGAAAGGAAGAACAGCUCUUCUGUAAGGACGUUGAUAAAGUAUUUAGAAAUGUAUUCCAAUCCCCAUUUGUUUUCACCUAUAAAGAAUGUCGCGUAGAAGCUUUCGGAAAAAAUCCAAGUACUGUUAGAUUUCACUUGAUAUUAUCUGAAGAAAUGAAAGAUGAACUUAGAACCUUGAUACCAAACACCCUGCAGAAAAUAGCUCCAAAACUGAACAUCUCAGAUUAUGAAGUGAUGGACCUGGGUGAUUUAUAUCUGGUGAUUGGACAAUACAUAAUCUCUGUCACACACCAUAACUAUACCAAACGUAUCACUGAUCCGUUAUUUAUAACUACACCUUCUACCACUACAACUAUCAGAACUACGCAGAAACCAAUCGUACCAACCACUUCCAGUCCGCUAGUCUUCCCUACAGAAUGGGUGAAGAUGCAAUUCAAUGCUAAUCUGUAUAACUUUACAUGGUCACCAGAACUAAUGAAUCCAGAUUCUAGAUUAUUCCGAGAACUGGAGUUAAAGUUUUGUAACGAUAUAAGUCGCUUUUUUUCUGGAAGUAUGAUGUACACAGCUUAUAGAGGGUGUAAAAUAGACUCAUUUACAUCCAAUCCCAGUGAAAUCAACUUCAAGAUCGGCUUUGUAAGCCCUCUGUAUCCUGGACUUGGUACCGAUAUCGUCACAAUUAUUGAACAAAAUGCCCCAAGAAUUAUGGCCCAAGACGAUUCAACCUUGACAGCUGUAAUGGACAUUGGCGGUUUAUUUUUGGUCUGGAAGAACUUUACUUUCUACAUAGUAUCACCUGGUGGUUUUACUUCUUACUGGAUUCCCGAAUCUACUGUGACACUACCAACCACCACUACCGAACCAACAUACUUAUUGAAGUUAUCAUUCCAAGUAUUAAACCGAACAUUUACACGAGGUCUGGCUGAUAAAAAUUCCCCAGAAUUUAAAUAUCAAGAACAACUCUUUUGUGACCAGAUCAGUGAAAUGUUGACAACUCAUAGGUUCAGGUUCCCGGAUUACCUAAAGUGUGAAGUUGAUGCUUUUGUGGACGAUCCUUUACGAGUAAACUUCAGUUUAGCGUUUAUUGGCCAACAACCAGAAGAGAUGAAAGCUCGGGUUAUAGGAAUCAUUGUAGAGGGAGCUAGAAGAGUUAGUUUUAAUGAUUUAUAUGCCUUGUUGAUUGGUGAUCUGCUGUUGAAUCUACAAGGAUUUACUAACAAUAUACAUGAUAAAACUAAACCAGAUAUGGGCCUCACUGAUCCAUCUUUUGAUUAUGAUGGUUUGUUGUACAACUACACUUUCUAUCUGUAUGAGGGAAAUUGGACACAGGAACUAUCUAAUCCGAACUCGGCAGCUUUCCAAAAUGCUGCUUCCAGAUUCUGUAACGAUAUUGAUGCUAUAUUCAGAAGACAUUAUCUUAAUGAAAGAUAUUACGCCUGUGAUAUUGAAAAAGUUGGAGAUUUCAACACAAAAGAUGUGAUAGUAAAUAUUGUACUAAAUGGAACGGUGGAUGUUGGUGAUAUUCUAGUCUAUGACGUCAUGGCCAGUAAUGCACCAAUGGAAGUGCUUGACGGAAUCAGAUGGUUACGAAUUGGUGAUAUGUUGUUGUACGCAAACUCAACCGGGAGUGUUAGAUAUAUCAGAUUCUUGAAUCCUCAAACCAGACCACCAGUGGUAACACCGGCUCCAGAGGUCAGCACAUUCCUCCACAUCUCCUUUGAUUUGUUAAAUCUCACUUACUCAGCUGCUUUAUCUGAUCAAAGUUCUGGCCUAUUCAAGUUUUACGCCAGACCAUUCUGUGCCUACUUGGAUCGUGUUUUAACAGAAAAUAACCGCUUUCCGAGUUAUGAUAGAUGCACUGUUGAGCAAUUCGCGAACAAUCCAGUGUCGGUGAAAUUCAACUUGAAAUUUAGAGGUGCACAAAGAAAGAACUUGCAGAGUCAAAUUACUGGUCUACUUGUGGAAAGAGCACCGCGAGCUUUGAUUAAUAAUCAGAUUGGUUUAGUCAUGGGAGGACUGGGUAUUUAUGAUCGUUCAAUAGCAGUAGCUCAAAGAACAGUAACUGGUAACCCAGUAACAGUUCCAGGAGAAACACCAUUCCCUUUCCCGACACGACCUUCACCAUCAAACCCACUAGUAACACCACCGACUAUGACCGAGACUCCCUGUAUUGGCAGUACUUCAAUAUUUGUUCCUCAUCCGAAAGACUGUGACAAGUUCUAUUUAUGUAGUAAUGGACAAGGUGUUGAGAUCGAGUGUGCAGCUGGUACAAGAUUUGAUCCUAAUAUGUCAGUUUGUGUUACGAAACCACCUGGAUUUGUGUGUCCUUUGUAA